AUGGGCACCAAGGAGUACAGGGGCCCUGCGAAGAAGCGCCUUUACCUUCAACAUCCGGAACCCGAUACCUACCUCUCCCGUCGCCGCAUCACCCGAAUUAUCCCCCCCAGUCCCCCACCCUCGCCGCCAUGCCCCGACCCGCCCUGCCUUCCGGCCCCCCCGCCUUGUCUUCCGGCCCCCCGGCCUAAGCCCGAGCCCCAGAUCGAGGUCAUAGCCGUCGACAUCGAGCCCUCGAAGCGCUCCUCCAAGUCAAGCCGCUCUCGCUCUCGCAGCCACAGUCACAGGCGCGACAAAGAGGUGUACGUCGAGCGCGAUCACUUCAUCCCAGUGCCCGUGCCUGCCGAGCCCCGUUACGAUACGUAUCGAUACGUCGACGCUCCCCGGCGCUUCGUCCCCCCGCCACCCCAAAGGAGGCUCAUCACCCAGGACGAGCGGACCCAAGACGAGCGGGAACACAUUUCCAUUUCUGAUCACCGUCGCACUCGUGAAUAUUACCGGCGCUGA